UCUCUCGCUUCCCCGACUGCAGAUUGUAGCAAUAUUGUCGACCAUGAUAUCGUACACCGCGAUUGACGACAUCCCCAAGAUUCAUCAGGGUUUGAAGGCCGCCUUCGCGACUGGCAAAUCCAAGCCAAUAGCCUUUCGCAAGAAGCAGCUGUUGCGGCUCUUGCAUCUCGUUGACGAUAACAUAUCGCGCUUCCGUGAGGCUCUCCUCUCGGACCUGGGCAGGCCGCACGCCGAGUCUAACAACAUGGAGAUAUAUCCUACCAUGGCCGAGAUCAAGGAAGCAUACGACAGCGUCGAGAAGUGGGCUGCCACCGAGAAGGCUCCCUUCAAUGCGAACUGGUUUGCCAUGUCGCCCGCGACUAGGAAGGAACCAAAGGGCGUGGUCCUCAUUAUCAGCCCCUACAACUUUCCUAUGUCGUUACUUAUACCUCCACUCGCUGCCGCCAUAGCGGCUGGCAACGCUGUCAUGGUCAAGCCUUCCGAGCUAUCACCUGCCAACGCGGCUCUGUUGGCGGAGCUCUUACCAAAGUAUCUCGAUCCCGACUUAUACCAUAUCGUAAAUGGCGGUGUUCCCGAAGCCACAAAGAUUCUCGAACUUCCUUUCGAUCAUAUUCUGUAUACCGGAAAUGGCAACGUUGCAAAGGUGGUCUGUGCCGCCGCAGCGAAACACCUGACUCCGGUGACUCUUGAGCUUAAAGGCAAGAACCCAUGUGUUAUCGACCCGAAGUGCAAUCUUAAAGGCGCAGCGAAGCGGUUAAUGUGGGGAAAGCUCACUAAUGGUGGACAGAUAUGCAUGGCUCCGGACUACGUCCUGGUACCAGAAUGGUUUCAGGACCAGUUUGUGAGUGCACUCGAGGAAGCAUACCGUGAAAUGCACCCCGAAGACCCGAAAACUUCAGGACAGAUGGCACGCAUGGUCAACCAGCGCCAUGCUGAACGCGUCAAGCGACUCAUCGACAACACGAAGGGCACGAUCGUUUUUGGAGGGGAGGUUGACCUCGUGACCAAGUACGCUGCCCCAACUGUGAUCAAGGAUGUGCAACGGGACGAUUCUCUCAUGAGCGAAGAAAUAUUUGGUCCAUUUUUGCCUAUCAUUCCUGUGAAGGACGUAGAUGAGGCGAUCAAGUUCAUCAAUGCCAGGCCCCAAGCACUCAACCUUUAUGUGUUUACGAAUGACCCAGCCUUCAAAGCGAAAGUGUUUGACAACACCCAGAGCGGAUGCGCCAUUGCGAAUGAAACAAUUUUGCAUUUCUCCGCUCACGGAUUACCAUUCGGCGGCGUUGGCGCAAGCGGCUACGGAUACACUACAGGCAAGUGCGCGUUCGACACAUUCACACAUCUUCGCGCCACGAUGGACAGUCCGUAUUGGCUUGAUACGGUGCUUCUUAAAGCUCGCUAUCCACCCUAUACUGAGAAUCGUAUGAAAACGAUGAAAUCGAUCAUGAAACCGACCGUGCCUCGGGAGGAUGAAGGUGGGCUCGGCAAAGGGGUCAUCUAUGGCUGCGUGCUUGCAUUAGUCGCUCUCGCAUCUGCAAUGCUGGUACAGUCACGCUAAUGAGGCUGCACCAUCGCGAGGUAUCGUAUGACCAGCACAAGUCUGAUCGGCUCUGGUUGGAUACCAGUACGGGCUGUAGUUUUUCUAUAUAUUGGGCAUUAUCGUAUGGGUGAUUAGCUGGAUGGUCGGGCGCUGGCGAGCACGUUUUUGCAAGUAUGUGAUCAUUGCUUUUGGUUUUAGCAUUAUUGCCCUAACCGUGUCAUCGAGCGUCAUCGGCAUUGUUGAGGUAAACAUCCGCUGGGGGAGGAGCGCUGCAUGGGUUCUUGAUCGCUAGGCAGGCUUCGCUAUGAUCAUCGUUCAAGGACUGUCAUCGUU